AUGGCAGCCUCGCCGUCUUCUCCGCGUCCGGCCGCAUCCCCGGCGGCGUCGCCAGUUGCCUCUCUUGGCCGAACGGCCUACGGAUCUCCCAGUAGCCCCGGUCAGCGUUCGCCUCUCAGUUCACCGAGCUAUGGCCGAACGCAGGCGGCCACGCCUACUCGCGUGGGCGUGGAGUCGCCGGAACUGCACAUCAACGACCAUGGUCCCGUGACGCUGUUCUCCUCGCUGAUGGCCGGAUGGAUGAGCUCAGUGAGCAUGGGCACCUCCAUAGGCUACUCGCUGCCUGCUGGCCAAAGCCUCAGUCACGAUAGGAGCAACAUUACCAGAAGCGGUGACCAGCAACUCUUUUGGUACGGCUGCUUUGAAGUGGCAGGGUUCGACUCACUGCUUCCGUUAGCGGCCGUGUUCGGAUCAAUGUGGGGUUGCUGCCUGGCGUUCUGGCUGGGCCGCCGCUGGACGAUGGUGAUUGGUUCCAUGGGCUCGCUGUGUGCAUGGAUAGCCCUCGGUUCGACCUCCACCAACACAUGGAACCUCUACACGACAAGGUUCCUGGUGGGUUUAGCCACCGGUGUCGUCUCGCUCAUCGCACCUGCGUACAUCGCAGAAAUCGCCAGCGCCAAGGACAGGGGCAAGCAGUGUGGGACGGUGCAUACUGGAAUAGCCGCGGGCGUGCUGUAUACAUACUUGGUGGGACGUUUCACGGACUGGUCGAUGCUGGCCCUGUGGUGCGCAGUCCCAUCGGCCUUGUCUGCGGUACUCGCCGUGUGGGCAGUUGAGUCUCCCCGCUGGCUUAUGGAACAAGGCAAGCACGAUGAGGCCCAGGCGGCAUUGAGGCGACUACGCUUCAUCACCUCUCAGGCAGAUGGUGAGCUGCAGGCGAUCGAAGUCAUCUAUGUCAAGUCACCGACGCCCGUAUGCCACUAUAUACUCGCCGUGAUGAUCAUAGUGCUGCAGCAGUUUUCUGGCGUGAACAUGAUUAUGCACUAUGCCACAGGGCCCCUGCUCACCACCUCCACAUCGACAUCGCGGGACUUCUACAUCAUACUCGCCAGUGUGCAGCUGGUGACAACGGCACUGACCUCUAUGCUACUGGACAUGUUCGGCCGCGUAAAGCCGCUGGCGGUUUCGGUGACUGUCUGCACGUGCAGCAUGGUCGCUCUGGGAAGCGUCUUCACGGCCUUCUCAAACGCUGACGGGAACCUGGACAGCGCCCUGGGACUUGACCUCACCAAUGCAUGCAAAGUCGUCUUCGCCAUCGGCUACUCCGUUGGCCUUGGUCCCGCCACCUGGGUGCUGGUCAUCGAGCUGGCUCCGCUUCGAGGUCGCGGCUUCGACUUCUGCACUGUCUGCAUCUUCCACUGGGUCUCGGCGCUUGCCGUCAUCAACCUAGUGUCGGCGCGCGGCCCCUCCGCCACCUCUCAGGCAGUCCUCGCGUGCGUCGCAGGUGGCGUUACGUUCGCUGGUGGCAUCGCCGCGUUCUUUAUCCUUCCGGACACCAGUUGUGUGUCCCUCGAGACGAUACUUCUCGAAGGCCAGAAGAACCGACCCAAGAAACCCGCGGCGCCCCUCGAGUUCGCUUCCUCAACCACGCAACUGCAAAAGGAGGAGCAGAAAAAGGAGCAGAUGCAGCGCAAGGUGGCUGCCUUGCUUAGUGGUUCCUCAACCACACAACUGCAAAAGGACGAGCAGGAAGACGAAUGGAAUCCGAGCAAGGCUGCUGACUUCAGACAUGCCUCCAUACACCCAAUGGCGGCGGUUCGGACAAGUAAACGAACGCUGCAAGCAUCGUCGCACGCGGAGCCCAAGUCCUCCCGCGUUCACAACUCUCGUAACGAUGCCAGCGUGGAAGACCCUAAGAAAGGCCCGACAUCGCCCAACAUUUAUGGCGGCGGAACGGCGACGCCUGAUAAAGUGGUGGGUGCCACCCUCCAGAGCAGCCUAGCGUCAACUCUAUUGCUGAAGCAGCAGCAGUGGGAAACGUAG